AAAAAAAAAAAGUUGAAGGCGCAAAAUCACCAACCGGUGAUACAACACUAAAAACCCCCCCAUGUCGCAUCUCUGUAUUCUAGGACUCUAGAAAUCCUGAAUGCGAAUGCAAAUUUUAACGUAUGUACUUAUUAUUGUGAUUUUGAGGAUCGGAAAUCUAUUAAAUUAAAAGAAGAAGAAGAAGGUAAAACACAUGGUGUAACUGGAACCAAAAUAAAAUAUUCUAAAAACGUGAAGGAAGAUGCAAAGAUUAAUGAGUGAAUAUUCAAAAACUUAGCUUGAAAAAACCGAGAAGAGAUCAGUAAAUUUGAGAAAUUAUAUACUGAUUAUGUAUUUAUAUUAAUUGAUUGAAAAGUUCCAACAGCAUGUCAUCAUCUUACGAGAGCGAAUAAAUAUGUAAUGGACAUACAAGUGUAUUGUGGUUAGAAAGAAGCAUCUUUGGCAUUGUAAUAUCAGGAUGGAGCAGUUUAAUAUGCAGAUUUUUCUCGAGCUAAAAUCCUGCUGUGAUGAUUUGAUCAAAAACCCGAGUAAGACUCACGCACGCAGAGUCGCGGAGGUAGCUGGUAACAUCCCUGACAAGACCAUGCAUAAUCUGUCAGGGUACUGUUUACUUCCUAUUAUUACCAGUUUACAAGGCAAUUCAAGCACGACUGUAAAAGAGGAACUGGUCAAAACUAUGAGAGUUAUAAUACGAAAAACUAAAAUUACAAAAUUAAAAAUCUUUCUCAAUAUCUAUGGGACUCUGCUGGUCCAAAUUUUUGACAGGAAUCAACCAAACCAAAUGAUUUUAUUUCACGAGGAGCUUAAGGAGGCAGUAGCUUUAUGUAUUAAAGAUCUUAUCCAUCAAAGCAUUUCUGAUGUGAUAGAAUCACUUUAUACUAAAGAAAAUGUAUUGAAUCUUGGUCAAGGAAUAUUUUUGUGUCUUACAAUUUCAAGAACUGAAAAGUCAUAUUCUGUGAGAUUAGCUGGGAUAGACGCAGUAAUGGCUUUGUGUCAUAUCGACGACAAAAUAGACAAAUCUGACAUCAUUAUUCAUGAUCAAGUAGCAAAUACCAUCAUGGCAUUUUUUCCUGGUAUUGUCAGUGGAUUACAGGAAAUAGCAAUGGGAAGCGAAGUUCAAAAUCACAAACUUACAAUGACAGCAAUUCGAGCAUGGGGGAGAAUUAUAUCGCUUGUUCUCCAUGAUAAGGAUGAAGACACUGAAGAGGACAUAUUAUCUAUAGAAACACUUAUGAAAAAAGGUUGCAAUGUAUCCACUGACACAUCGCAUAAUGCGAAAUAUAAUGGAAAAUGUGACAUAGAAUAUAAUCUAAAAGGAGCUGUAAGAAAUAAAGAAUGGUUCGAAGCUGUAGCUAUUAAACUUGGUGCUUAUAUACAAUUGUUAGAUCAAGUUAGAAGCCAUUCACACUACAAAGUUAAGAGAGAAUUGAUUGAAAGUAUCAGUCUUAUACUUGAAAAUUGCCGCAAGAAUAUGAAACCAAAUAUUAUGACAUUAAUAGAUUAUUUGAUUUCCCUAUCUGAAGACGAAUCCCCAGAAGUUAGUGAAAGAGCGCACAAUGUGUUGCACACAAUAAGUGAAAACUACAUGCAAAAUUAUGAUAUGAAAUCACUGAUUGAUUCAUUAGAAGAUAAGUUUUACAAUUUGCUUACAAGACUGCCUACAAUUAUUAGACGAUCAGAUGAUAACGAACAAUUAGCAUACUUGAAUCAAUUCGCCGGCUAUUUAAGAUUAUUUGGAAAGCAAAGAUUGCCUCAUAUCAUGAGGUCGCAGGCUCAUAUGCAAAGAUUAUUUUUAGCUCUUGUAUACAUUAUGGUCAUAGAUUGCAACAACGUGUCUCUUCUACAGACAGCAAAUGUGAAAGAUUUAAACGACCCCGCUUAUUUUUACGGAUCGGAUUCGUGGAGACAGUUCAAGUUUAUUAAGAAUAGCUCAUGUAAAGAGAAACUUGUUGCAAUAUGCAAGCUACUCGGAGAAUUUGGGGAUUUUAAGAUAUUAAUCGACACUAUUCUCGAGCUUAUGAUGAACGCGCCGCAACACAGGAAGGAACUGAAUUUACUACUUAACUGGAUCUUAAUUUCUGCUAAAGAAUCAUCUUCUUCAUAUUUAUAUAAGGAAAUCGUAGAUUUUUACACAACACAGGAAAUAUGGUACUUGCCUACAGAAGUAACUGAAGAUACUCCUUUGGUGCAGGCACAGAGCAAUAUAGUGCAAUGUUGCCUUUUGACUGAAGGAUUGGGCCUUAUAGUACAAAAUUUACAAUACGACUAUGAUAGAUACCUUCUAAAAACCUUAUAUUUAAUUAUUGAAAGAGCAGGCAGUGGGAACAGUUUGAUCAGUUAUAUUGGAGUGCGUACUCUCGAAAAUGUCGCAGAGGCACAGCAGCACAGGACGAUCGGCGAUCUGUUACGUGCUAACGUCGAUUAUUUUUCUUAUCACAUUAUAAUGAAAUUACGCCAAGUAGACCGCAAUCUUGGCGUAUUCGACGUUAUUAGAGUUGUUAUGAAGUACAGCAGAUUGGAUUUUUUGCCACACUUAAAGGGAAUUGUAGAGGAUGUAUUCAGGCAACUAAGUACCCCUUACCGUCAAAAAGAUAUUUAUUCGUUUCUGAAGAUAUUUCAUACGUUUAUCAUAUGCAUAAAAACGUUAAUAAACUGGAAUGAUAUAACAAUAAUAAAAGAAGAAAAUGCACAAGCAAAUAAUCCUUCAGAGACAAUUAUUCUUUCUUUGUUAGAAUGCUAUAAUGCAAAGAAGAUUGAUGAAAAAAUUGAAGAUGACACUGAAGAGAUAGUAUCAGACGCAAAUGUACCGGAUACUGAGCUACCGGAAGAGAUAAAUGAAGAGGAUUACUCAAAUCCGAGUGCAGAAGACAAACGAGACAAAAAGCUACCAACUCAUAUAAAGAUAAUUAUAGACGUUAUGAAACGUUGUAUGCACUUUUUACCUUUAAAGGACGUACAAAAAUCACUGAUGGCAAUGCAAACGCUUCAAGAGGGUUUACCGAUACUAGUCGAGUGGGAAGAUGAACUAUUGCCUAUUGUGCAUCAGUUAUGGCAUCCACUGACCGAUAGAUUCAACGAUGAAAAUGUUCUUGUAAUUAAUCAUGCGUGGCAACUCUUGCAUGUACUCGCCAACAUAUCGAAUGACUUCAUCAGAAGCAGAACUCUACGAGAGGUAUUGCCAUCUAUAUUUAAGUUCCUGACUGAGUCUUCUAAAGAAAGUAUUAACAAGAGCUCAAUAAAUAUUUACAAAUUCACACAAACUUACAAAUCUCAAUACGAGUUGUUAUCUACGUUGGGAGUAAUAGCGUGGCUCUUAAAAUUGCGCGAGCACGAAUUAUGGCAAAUAUUAAGUAAUAUACAAUCGUACCUUAGUGCAAGUCAACAUACCGCAUUACAGGCAUGCUGUGUAAAAUUGUAUAAAGACAUUGCUGAUUAUAAUGGAGAUAUCGUAUGGGUGAAAUGUCUCAGUAUCUGGAAUUCGAAAGUUGUACGAAUAGCUUCUGAUGCAACAUUUGACAUAAAAAAUCUACUGAUUGCAGAUGUUUCUCCGGCAAAUGAAUAUUACAGAAAUGUAAACGAAAUCAUUAUAUACAUCCAACAAAAAAAUAUUCAUUAUUGAAUAUAUUCAAAAAUCCUAUCAAAAAUGAUUUAAGAACUGUAUAAGAGAAACAACCUUAUUUUAUAUAAGCCUUAAAGAUGUGAUAAAUACUAAGUCAAAGGUUUUCAAACAACAAUAUGCUAUUCAAUUACAAAAUGCCUUUGUAUUAGAGUAAUAUAAAAUGUUAAAUGUUAAUCACGUAAAAAGCAAAUAGAUUACUAGAUUUAAAAUAUUUUCAAAUAUU